AACCUUCAUCUCAAGCGGAGCGAAUCGAGAGAACAGCAAUGAUGUUUAGGCGCUUAGCAGGAUGGAAGAGUCGCCCUAAACGAUUAGAGACGAUGUAUAUGGAUAGAUAUAUGAAAUUGAAUGAACAAAAGAAAAAAGAGGAAGCCCAGAAACUCAAGGAGAAAGCUGAAGGAAAACCUUAUUCAACGGGACAAAAUUAA